UACUCUACACGUGAAAAACGUUUUGGCUGUUAGUUGUGUUCAUUGCAUUGCACUGUCAUCGUACAAACCAAGAUAAGGAAAUUAUUCUUCACAAAAGUGUUCCGAACUAGAAAACAAUGACCAUCUCCGAGUACAUCGGAGCGUUGUCGGACAACCCCUACUUUGGGGCUGGUUUUGGAUUGUUCGGUGUUGGAGCCGGCGCCGCACUGUUACGUAAAGGUCUGCAGGGUGCAUUGAUUCUCUUCCGGAGGCAUUACAUGAUCACACUGGAAGUUCCCUGUCGGGAUAAAUCCUACCAAUGGUUGCUACAGUGGAUCACCCAGAAAGGAGCAAAACACACCCAGCAUUUGAGCGUGGAAACGUCGUUUUUGCAGAAAGACACCGGUCAUAUAAAGACGAAGUACGAUUUUAUUCCCUCGAUUGGAACUCACAUCAUGCGUUACGGUGGCACAUGGAUAAAGGUUGAGCGGGCGCGAGAACAGCAUACUCUCGAUCUGCACAUGGGAGUUCCCUGGGAAACGGUUCAGUUGACUGCCUUUGGCAGAAAUAAAAACCUGUAUUUUAAAAUCCUUGAAGAAGCUAGACAGUUAGCUCUAAAAAAUACCGAAGGAAAAACGAUAAUGUACACCGCGAUGGGCUCUGAGUGGCGUCCUUUCGGGCAUCCUAGGAAGCGGCGUCCCUUGACAUCGGUUGUACUAGACAACGGUGUAUCGGAUCGUAUUCUGAACGAUUGUCGCGAAUUUAUUCGUAAUCCGCAGUGGUACGCUGAUCGCGGUAUUCCUUACAGGCGCGGUUAUCUCCUGUACGGGCCACCAGGUUGCGGGAAGUCUAGUUUUAUCACCGCUCUAGCAGGGGAGAUCGAAUUCGGCAUCUGUUUGUUGAACCUCUCCGAGCGUGGUUUAACAGACGACCGUUUGAAUCAUCUGAUGAACGUCGCGCCGCAACAGUCGAUCAUUCUGCUGGAAGAUAUCGAUGCUGCAUUUGUCUCACGCGAGGACACAAAGCAGCAGAAGGCUGCCUUCGAAGGACUGAAUCGCGUUACGUUCAGCGGCUUGUUGAAUUGUCUGGACGGCGUUGCAUCCACCGAAGCGCGAAUUGUAUUUAUGACAACCAAUUAUUUGGAACGAUUGGACCCCGCACUGAUACGACCGGGUCGGGUUGAUGUUAAGGAGUACGUAGGCUGUUGCAGUCGACACCAGCUGGAGCAGAUGUUCAUGCGUUUCUAUGCCGGUGAGGAAGCCGUUCGAAAUUCCAAAGUUUUUGCCGACAACGUACUGAAAGCUGGUAAGGCGGCUAGCCCGGCCCAGAUUCAAGGAUACUUUAUGAUACAUAAAAUGUCCGACCAGGAGACGGUUCUGCAGAAUGUAGAUUCUAUUUGGGAAGGGCUAUGAUCCGACUGUUAGACAAGUAUUCAAUAAAUGUUAAGGAUUAUUAGGUCAAACUGUGUUGCUUAUUUCGUUAGUUUUAGUAGUCUUUGUUUCGGACAUUGGAGAGCAUACGACUUUCAACUUUCGACACAGCAAGUAUGUUAACCGAUUAUAUUAAUGGUAUUGUUCAAAUUUACGGUACGUAAUUUAUAUUGCUUACGUAAGUAAACUUAUCUGCAAUAAAAAAUUACCUUAUUUUU